AUGUACAGUAUGAUAUGGGCGUGGAUUGCUCUCGAUACCAAACGACUCGAGCCGUACUUCCAGAUGUCAAAAGUCGAAGGAGCUUCGCCGGCCAACUCGAUCUUUCUUCACUAUCCUUUCGAUCUUGAACUCGUACCGCCCAUCAAAGCGUUACGAUUAAGACAUUGGAGUGUAGUCAUUGCGUGCUUCGUGUCGACAAUAGUAUUCUGUGGAAUCACACCACUCAGCGGCGCGGUGUUUGAAUACCGCGUGGUCAGCCUGUCUACAACCACAAGUGUGACUCAUACAGCCAGCCUUCUACCUGUAUUGGAACAGAGCUCAUCUCUCAACCGAGGGUUCAUGUUGAAUGCGUACAGCACCCUGUGGCUGGAUCAGAAGCUGCCAAGUUUUACAACGCGGGAUGCCGCUUUCAUACCGUUCGAAAUAGGCCAACAGGCGAAAGCGGCAUCCUUCAAGAGCAACUGGACAGCGCAAACCACAAUGUAUAGUUCGAGUCUUGACUGCCAGCCGGCUUUAGUUGGUAAUGACUCACACGGCGUCACAUACGACAGUGGGAAAGGAUGCGUGGUUGAAGAGAUCGACAUUGAUGGAUUAACACCUAACAGCACCAGCCUAUUCUCAUCAUACUACCAGACUCUUUGCGCCAGCGGAAACACAUCAAAGGCAUUCAUGGCAUACUCAUUCCAGAACUCUGAGCCUCCUCAAGGUCGGAAGCCUCUAGAACUACAAGGAUCCUACGCUUGGUCGACCGAGGAAACUGGCGCCCCAUGGGCCUCGUACUCGGAGAAGACAGUACUUUUCUGUGAGCCGUCCUAUUCUGCUCAGUCCGUCAAUGCAACAUUGACUAUGCCAAACAUGACGGUCUCAAAUGUUAUACCCUUAGCGCCGCCACGGCAGUUAUUGAGCACCGCGUUUGAUAUUUCCACUUUUGAGUCCAUCGUGAUAAGCAGGUCGCCAAACCAGAAUGGACAACAGCAAUCGACUGCAGAUCAGCUAAAAGGGGACAUCAAUGAAACAACACAGUACAUUGAUACGACCCAGCUUGAAAUUCGAGGAAUCACAGAUAUUUUCGAUAACAUUAUCGUCUUUGCAGUCGGCUCCUCUCAGCUCGCUGCAGAUGCGUAUCUCAACGCCAGUGUGCUCGCGACAAGCCUGGACAGCGCGUACAAGGUUCUUUUUGCUCUGGCCCUGAACAGCUUGUUAUCUACAAGCACCUCGUCGUCGUAUUCGACGUUGAAUGAAGGCUUGGGGACAAUCUGUGGUAAUACAAAUGCUAUCGCAGUGGUCCGAACGUUGGCUAUACUCCUGGAGGCGUGCUUGGGCUUGGCAUCAUUAGCAACCUUGCUUCUUCUUCUCAUCUGCUGGAAUCGUCGAAGCGAGCUUCGGAAAGACCCAGCGUCGCUCAGCAAUGUAUUGGAGAUCACCCAGAACGAUCCCAAGGUUCCAAAAAGCAUUGAAAAACUGGUGCAGAAAUCCGGUGAAUCAAGUCUGACUUUGAGAGGUGGAGGACUUCGUAUGGACUGCUGCAUGAGGAAGCGGCCACUAUCCUCUACUAACUCAAGGUCUGCUGCCGCUGAAGUUGGCAAUGACGCCAACGGAAAGCCUAUACUACCAUUUGUGAUGGGGUAUGCAGUCGGAUCCGCGUUUCUUGCGGUGUUUGUAGCAGUCUUGAUCAUCGUCGUGGUCCUACGUCUCUGUAUCCAUCAUCUGAACGGACUCCCCCUACCAUCUAACAACCCAAUAGAGGCUCAGAUCAUACUCAACUAUAUUCCAGUUCUCUUUGCGACACUGGUCGAACCGUUUUGGACAAUGCUUAACAGGAAGUUAUGCCUUUUGAAACCUUUUGAGGCACUAAGAGGUGGCGAAGCAAAAGCUUCUCGGUCAAUGGAUCUCAGGUACACGUCGCUACCCCCACAGUUGGCCAUCUGGCGAGCAUUAAAAGCUCGCCAUUUCCUCCUCGUGGCUGUUUGUGCAACUGGAUUUUCUGCCAAUGUGUUGGCUGUUGUUCUGAACGCUUUGCUGCAGCCGCGCCUUACGGUCAUCGCGUCUGAUGGAACGUUUUUGAAGUCUUCCUUACCGUCGAUCAAUCAAACCUCUUCCGAGACAUCCAGCUCCGACCACCUCUACAUCGCGGCGGCCAACUUUAGCCACGGAGCUUCUCUCCCUGCUUGGGUUUCACGAGAUUUGUAUUUCCUCCCUUUCCAAAUCAAUACGACAUCGCCGUUGGAGAGCAUCCAAUCAUACAAGGCAACUACACCUGGAUUCGGCCUCAAUGUCGUCUGUACAAACCAAACAUGGGCUGACCCAGCAUACAUCACUAUGCCCAAUAAUGAUAUAGGCCAACCCCAAAUCUCUGUGGAUCAAAACAAUGUAUAUUGUACUCGCCAGUGGGAUACGUUCUACGAUUCUCACAACAAGACGAAUGCCUCCCUGGAGCUACUCGCGCCGUUGGGUCCGAGCUUUGCCAACGCGAGCCAGGGCGACCAAGAUAUCUGCGGCAGUACCCUCGCCAUGGGUUUCCUGAGAGCUGAACUCUACGCGGAGGUCGAAGGCGUUGAUAGCCUGUUCACAUCUUCCACCUGGAUGACCUGCGAGUCGACUGUGUUUACUGCCAUGUACGAGGUCGAGGUCACGACCAACGGCCGGGUUGAAAACUAUGUCCGUAAGAGUGAAAUCUCUACAAAUCUCUCUUUAGCGAACAGCAGCUCCCUUCCAUCGUUCCUGAGCGAUCUAUUCGUCGCCUUCGACGCACCCUUCAACAAAAUCAACCCUCACUGGAACAACGAUAACGCUAGAGACACAUGGGCCGGCUUUCUCAUAAAAGCGCUUACCAACUCGCCAAGGUUCAUUGACCCCACGCUUCCGGCGCCAGACUUCGAAAAAAUCGCCCCUGUCGUCGUAGACAUAAUCACACGUCUUUUCCCCAUAAUCAUCAGUCUGCAGCCCUCUGCUUUCGUCCCUGCACCCCAAGGGGCCACGAUCGAAGGAACGAUGCUUGGACCCUGUACCCGCGUCUUCAUGUCCUCAUCCAUGUUCGUAGUCACGGUCAUCUUACUGUUGCUGAACAUCGCAGUGGUAGUGGCGUACUAUAGCCGUCGGCCACGACCCAUACCGAAAAGCGUAUUGGCAGAGACGAUUGCUGGUGUGCUAGAGUUGUUCAAUGGCAGUGGACUGGUCGAGGAACAAGUGAGGGAUAAGCCAUGGCCUGAAGAUUGGAGAUUUGGGUAUGGGGGAUUUAUAGGGUUGGGUGAUGGUAAGCCGAGGAUGGGGAUUGAGAGGAGGCCAUUUGUGGUGCCCUUGGGUGCGAAGAAGGGGGUGUAA